AUGGAUCCCGACGCUGGUUCCACAAUCAAGACAACUGGGUCUGUGGACGUUGAUGACAGCAGCGACAGUUCCAGCACCAGCAGUGGCAGUGACACGGCGCUUACCCACGAUGACCCAGAGGCUGCCAAGGCGGCUCUUCGGGCCAAGAUCCGCCUACAAGCGGGAUCUCUCUUGUCUAGUAAGGGACCUCCUGUCGCCACCGUAAAGACCGGCACCAGCUCGGCUGCCAAGCGCAGUGCGUCGAGGAAUGUACCAACUUCCGCCGUCGUGGGAGGAGCUGCUGCCGUGGGAGCUGGAGCUGCCAUUGCUGCUGCCAGUAAUAAUAGUGACGAAGACUCUCUGAGUUUCCGACAGAAAACGGGAGAACAAUCCCAAGAAAACAGUCCUCCCGAGGAUGCCAAAGUGGGCAGUGACGACUCCAUGAAUGACUCCAAGCGGUCGGUGGUACGAUUUGAAGGAGAGGAGAUGGACGAUUUGGACAAAGAUGACGAUAUCAAGGAGGCACCGCCGGUCGUUACCGUGCCAAAAACCGCAGAAGAAAAUGCCGCCAGAAGCGCCGCUCCUCGUCCCUCACUCAUGGAACAUAAAUCGGAGAACCCACCGGAUCAUGAUGAAGAAGGAGGUCUCAAGAUGGACGAUCUAAUGGAUGUCAGUGAAGAAGUUGGAUGUUCCGAUGGGGCCAACACGGGAAUUGCUCUCUGUGUACUCUUUCUCCUUAUAUGGAUCAUUGCCGUACCGAUUGCCCUCACCAACAGCAAGGCAAUCGAAACGGGAGAAGAUGGCGAGCCAGCUCCUACCCGUGCCCCCACUGAAGCCCCAAUUAAUCUCAUCAACCUGCCCACCGUGGCUCCGGUGGCUCCUACUCGCGUACCAACGGUGGCCCCCACAGAAGAGCCAACAGCUACCCCAUCCUUGUUGCUUGUUUUCCCAUCUUACACAGAGGAAGCACUCACGGACCCAGAGUCCCCACAAAGUCAGGCUUUGCAGUGGCUCUUUACAGAUCCAUUGGAAUACAUCGUACUGGAGCUCAACGAUAACAACCUGGAUGGAGAAAUCCCUCCGGAAAUUGCCAUGCUCGCGUCGUUGCAACGGAUCCAGUUGCAAGAGAACAAGAUCGUGGGAAGUAUUCCCACCACCAUGGCCGAGCUUUCCGAAAUGACCCUUCUCGACUUGCAAGAGAAUUUCCUGACGGGACCCAUUCCUUCCGAGCUGGGCCUCAUGACGGCGUUGAACCAUAUUUGGUUGAAUGGAACUCGUGACGCCACCGCCGAGGGUACAAAUGCGUCAAGCAUCCCGUCCGAAUUGGCGCUCUUGACUGAACUGGAACAGUUGCAUCUUGGGUCGAACAAGUUGAGCGGAAAUGUGCCAACGGAACUGGCCUUGUUGCAAAACUUGGAUUGGUUAACCCUGAGAAACAACGAACUCAGUGGGAUCAUUCCCAGUGAGAUAGGGUUGCUUCGGAGCAUAUCUUGGUUGGAUUUGGCCGAGAACGACCUUGUUGGAAACAUCCCGGGUUCGGUUGGCUUGUUGAAUGAUACUCUGCGCAUCUUGCAAUUGGAGGAUAACGGCCUCACGGGCAAUCUGCCGUUUGAAAUGAAUCGAUUGACGAGUGUCCAGCAAGUGUGGUUGCAGCAUAAUAUGCUAACGGGUAACGUGCCGGCUGGACUGUGCUAUUUCAAGCGAAUUGGCAAGGUUGAGACAAUAUGGGUGGAUUGUGAAGAAGUGGCUUGUGACUGCAACUGUAUGUGCUCAACCGUCACGGAGGAAGAUGGAGAAAUGGGAGAAGCAGAGAAUGGCGACGGAAGCGAGGAAGGUGAGGAUGAUAUUGCCUCCGCCCCUGCCAUGGUUGAGGGCACCAAUGCGACAGACGGACGAGCGUUGUAG